UGUUCAUCUGUUAUGGGAUAUUAUACGAUUUUUGUUUUACAAUUUUAGCAUAUUAUCCCGUGCAUUGUUUCUAAUUCCAUUUCGUGGAAGUUUGUUAUACCCGUGUUUGCUAGCUCACGAAACCAAAGAAAAGAUGAAAGAACGGAAACUUGGGUGAUUGGCGGUAAUAUUUUUGUGAUGGAUGCUAAACUGAUAUAAAUGAUACUAUAAGGCAUAGCUUACAGCACAAGUCUGGUGUUAGCUAUCGGUUUCAGUUGAGGUAGUAUGUAUGGAAGCAACAACAUCGCAAGUGCAAGCUCAAGCUCCAGUUUGAACAGCAGCAUCCAGGAUACAGAGGAUGACCAAACCAUUGCAAGCAUCUUAGCAGAGGAAGAACAAUCAAAACGGGAUGGCCGGCUUGGGAAGAGGCUCUCCCAUUUGGAUUCCAUCCCUCAUACUCCCCGGGUUAAUGGGGAGAUUCCUGAUGUAAAUGAUGCAACCUUGGACCAUGAGCGGCUGUCUGAAAGGUUGGUCACAUAUGGGUUAGCUGAACUGCAGAUGGAGGGUGACGGAAAUUGCCAGUUUCGAGCUUUAGCAGACCAGUUGUUUCGCAAUCCAGACUAUCACAAGCAUGUAAGAAAGCACAUCAUCAAGCAGCUAAAGCAUUACAGAAAAUUAUAUGAAGGUUAUGUCCCAAUGGAGUACAAAAGCUACCUAAAGAAGAUGAAAAAAUCAGGUGAAUGGGGAGAUCACAUAACUCUACAAGCAGCUGCUGAUCGAUUUGGUGCCAAAAUCUCUUUACUGACAUCUUUCCGAGACACUUGUUAUAUCGAAAUCCUCCCCAAAGACCAGAAUCCCACUAGAGAACUCUGGCUGAGCUUUUGGAGUGAAGUGCACUACAAUUCAUUAUACGGAAGUGGAGAUGUUCCCACCAGGGUAGCCAGAAAGAAACAUUGGCUCUUCUAGAAUUAAAGCACCGUACUGGGUAGCGUUUACUCAGUGGAUAUGUACCUCGAUGUCGUUACACAUGAUCCUCGGAUGGAACCUUAUUUUUUGAUGUAUGCAGACUUUUAUAUUUCAGUUUUUUUUUUUUCGAAAUUUAUUUUGUGUAUGUAAAUAUGCAUUAAAAUUUGAGCAGUUUUUCGAUUCACUGUAAUUGACAAAACGAUGGCUGAGCAUAAAAACUUGGUUUCCAAACUCCUAAUGCACAGAACAGAAAAUGAAAGACUUGAUCA